AUGGAUCUGCUAACCGCCCUGGGCAAGUUCGGUAAACCUAAGAACAACUGCCAUGACGCCAUAUGGGCAAGAAGACGCCAAGACCCUGAGCGUAAGUGUAAACCCAUCCUGUACCAGACGAUAUCCACUGACCAAACGAAAGUAUCGCUUCCGCAAGGUCUGACUUGCCUUGAGACGGCGAUGGAUAUACGUCGUGUAAAGAUUGAGCUGGAAGAAACGGUCGAUCACCAGUGUGCAUUCAUCAAGAAGUUCGCUGCAGCCGUUGUCGAGGCUCAUCCCGAAGUCAUAGAGAUGGCAAAGGCCAUCGAUGUCACUCUCGCCCAGCCUGCGCAGCAGGUGGUUCAACCCACCCAGGCGCCUAUACCCGCGCCCGCCCCGGCGAAGAUGACCCCAGAGAAGCCCCCAAAGGAUACAUGUGCCUGCGGGUACUUUUUCCUGGUGACAGAUAGCCAGGAUGCCUGCCGCGACCAUCUCGACGGGUGCGAUGACUUCGCGAAAUGGACGCCCGAGAAGAAGACAAGCCUUCUGGGCAAGCUCGGUUUGACUGGCUACAAGCAGUCGAAGGCGACAAAGCCGAAGGCAGAGUCGAUUACCUGCUGGCACUCCGAGCGUGAAUUCGACAAAGUACACGGGCGAUGGUUCCACGGCUCACAUAUCAAGGUCUGCAAAAGGGGCGCCCCCAGCCUCCAUGAUGUUCCCGGCUCGAGCACACCAGGACCGAAGACUCCCGUCACCACACCUUCCAGACGCGCCCCCGUGAUCGAGCACGGCUGGCAGAAUACCGGGACAGCGAAGAAGGCCGAGACGUCAGUCUUUGUUUCUGGUGGCAUGAGGUUCAGUAAGCAUGCGCAGUCGCAGUAG